AUGGCAGGAUUGAACGACAAUCCGUUCGGUGAGCCGGAGAUCGACAAUCCGUUUGCGGAUCCUUCAAUACAGCAGAUUACCCGAAACACUACGAGCUUGCAACAGACCUUAGACGACUACCGACCGUUCGACAAUGAUCGGAAUGUGCUGGGCAAUGGUAGUGGUGGGACCAGCCAACCGGCUACACUACAUCCGUCCACACAGUCCCCACCAGUGUACAACCAAAGUGGAGCCCAGUUUCAAACCAACAGCAAUGGGGCAAUGUCCGCGAGCGGCAGCAAACCGGACGGUAUGACACAAAUCUCGACCGCCGAGCUUGAGAAUCUUCGGCGUGCCCAGGAGGAGUUGGAGCGCAAAACGCGCGAACUGGAACGCCGGGAAGCAAAUAUGAUGCGUAGCACGAACGGACAGCCGAACAAUUGGCCACCGUUGCCAUCCUUCUGCCCGAUGCAACCAUGCUUCUACCACGACAUCAGCCUAGAUAUUCCGUCCGAGUUCCAGAAGACGGUUACCCGACUCUACAAGCUGUGGAUGUUUUACGCGCUCGUAAUGGUGGUAAACAUUCUCGGCGGACUGGUAAUACUGAUCCAUUCGGGCGAGUUUCGUACGUUCGGGUUAGGCAUCUUCUAUGCGGUACUGUUUACGCCGGCAUCGUUCCUGUGCUGGUAUCGUCCAGCGUACAAGGCCUUCAAGACGGACUCGAGCUUCAACUUUAUGAUGUUCUUCUUCAUCUUCUCCUUCCAAGCGCUCGUGACCACCAUACAAACGAUCGGGUUUCCCGGUUCGGGUACGUGCGGCGUUAUCACGGCGAUUGGCCAGUUUAGCUCGGGCUGGGGCGUUGUGGUGGGCUUGUUUCUGAUGUGUAUAGCGCUGGCGUAUGGUGUCUGUGCUGCUGGCAACAUUUUUAUGCUCACCAAGAUACAUCAAAUCUAUCGUUCCGGUGACAAAAUUACGAUGGGCAAAGCGCGCGAAGAGUUCCAGAGCCAGUUUAUGAGCAACUCGAUCGUCCGGGAUGCGGCAGCCGGUGCGGCCCGUGCCUCCGUUCAGAGCACCUUAAACAGGUACUAG